AUGGCAACCAACAUCACAUGGCACCCGUCUCUGUCCCGCGCUGAGCGCAACGGUUUCCGCAAGCAAAAAGGCUUCACCAUCUGGUUCACCGGCCUCUCCGCCUCCGGCAAAUCCACAAUCGCAACUGCGCUCGAGCAGCACCUGCUUCACCUGGGCUACGCCGCCUACCGCCUCGACGGCGACAAUGUGCGCUUCGGCCUGAACAAAGACCUGGGCUUCACCGAGAAGGACAGGAACGAGAACAUCCGGCGAAUAGCAGAGGUCGCCAAACUCUUCGCCGACAGCUCCACAAUCGCAAUCACAUCCUUCAUCUCCCCGUACAAAGCCGACCGCGCGACAGCUCGCGAUCUGCACGCUGUGACGACCGGCUCCGACGAGCCUCUUGCGUUCGUUGAGGUCUUCGUUGAUAUCCCGCUUGAAGUCGCGGAGGCGCGCGACCCCAAGGGCUUGUACAAGAAGGCGCGCGAGGGCAAGAUUCCAGAGUUCACUGGCAUCAGUGCGCCGUAUGAGGCACCUGAGAAGGCGGAAAUUCACAUCAGGAGCGACUUGAAGAGUGUGGAGGAGAGCGUCAAGGAGAUUACUGAGUACUUGCAGGGUAAGGGAUUGUUGGAGUUGAAGUAGAUUGAUCACACAUUUUAUAUUAGGAUACCGAUCGGUUUGGGAUUAUGAAAAAGCAUUCGAUGAUUAUGCUCUUGUACGGCAAGUCACAGUGCUGAAGAGAUCGUGGACAUGCUUUCCAAAGAUUCAGAAUGUACGAACAAAAGAAGCUUAAGCCAU